GUUACAACAGCCAGUUGAUUCGAAGCGAUUCGAAGCGGACCGAUUCGUGGUAUCGUCGUCGUCGUUUUGCCGUUGAUUUCCGUUUGUGCAUCCAGAUAAAGCCUAGUCUUGACUUGACUUGAUUCUCGACUGGGCCUUAAAUCGAAACCGAAACCGAACUCGGCUAAUGGAAAAUAAACAAACAAAGAAAGCUCAAAUUUUGUUUGCCGCGUAUUGAAAAAAAUCUGAAACGUUGCCAGCAAAUCUUGGUGUUAUAAAAAUGAGUAUUACCUAAAAAAACAAGAAUAAAUCAGUGCGGUUACUUAACAAAAAAUCUUUAACAAAAUAGUUAAAAGGUCAACUAAAAAGUGCAAGAAAAAUUAAAAAAAAAACAGUAAACAAAAGUAUUUGGUGCAAACGCAUUAAAGUAAUUUUCUCAGCGUGAGUCUGUGGGAUAAGCGAAAAGCCAGCAAAAUUUACUGCUUUGGAAACUCCGAUUUCAACAUAAACACCAACACCGGCAGCACCAUCAACCCCCCCAGCGGCACCACCCACCUCCAGAUUCUGCACCACCAGCACCACCCCCAAAACAGCGCGAGAAUGCUGUUCGAGAAUCCGGCGGUUGCGGCCAAGUUGCCCUUUCCGUACAACGUGCCUCCGCCUCUGCAGGCGGCGGCGGCAGCAGCGGCGGCUGUUCCAAAUCUAAGGUUUCAGACACCCAUUAAAGCGUUUGCCUGCCUGACAGCAGCCACAAGGUCAGUAUCGGAGAUGAACGCCACUUCUCUAUAUGCCGGUAAUCCCAUGGAGAAUGCGGCUGCAGCAGCCGCCGCCGCAGCAGCAGGCCUCAUCGAUCCGCAUCACAAUCGGGACUUGCACCAGGCUCUGGUGGCCUCGAUAGCCAACAAUGGUGUGGCCUCCAUUGGCGGCGGAUUGACCACAGCCGCGGUCUUGAAAAGUGCCGCCCAGCAAUCGCAGCAAGCGGUACAACAGAGCCAAAACUCAGUGGUAGUAUCUGCUGGACAGGAUCAGCCCAAUCAGGAGCAGGCCCAACAGGCGGCCCUCGCUCUGCUCAAGGAGAAUGUGAAUGCCUCCGCCGGGACGGGGCAAAAUAAUGGCAGCAACAAGAGCGGUUCCUCCGGAAGAUCCACGCCCAGUUUGAGCGGAGUCAGUGGCUCUGAUCCCGCACCCGGGAAACUAUUCGUUGGCGGCCUCAGCUGGCAAACAUCAUCCGACAAGCUCAAGGAAUACUUCAACAUGUUUGGCACCGUCACCGAUGUGCUCAUCAUGAAGGAUCCCGUCACCCAGCGCAGUCGCGGCUUUGGUUUCAUCACAUUCCAAGAACCCUGCACCGUGGAGAAGGUCCUCAAGGUGCCCAUUCACACACUCGAUGGCAAGAAGAUCGAUCCCAAGCAUGCCACGCCAAAGAACCGACCUCGCCAGGCCAACAAGACCAAGAAGAUAUUCGUGGGCGGCGUCUCGCAGGAUACCUCCGCCGAGGAGGUCAAGGCCUACUUCAGCCAGUUCGGACCCGUCGAGGAGACGGUAAUGCUGAUGGACCAGCAAACGAAGCGCCACCGUGGCUUUGGGUUCGUCACGUUCGAGAACGAGGAUGUGGUUGAUCGCGUCUGCGAGAUCCACUUCCACACCAUCAAGAACAAGAAGGUCGAGUGCAAGAAGGCACAGCCCAAGGAGGCGGUCACUCCAGCCGCUCAGCUCCUCCAGAAGCGCAUUAUGUUGGGCACAUUGGGCGUACAGUUGCCCACCGCUCCGGGCCAGCUGAUUGGAGGCCGUGGUGCUGGCGUCGCCACCAUGAACCCGCUGGCCAUGCUGCAGAACCCCGCACAGCUGCUGCAAUCCCCGGCAGCCGCCGCCGCAGCCCAACAGGCCGCGCUCAUAUCACAGAAUCCGUUUCAAGUACAAAACGCCGCCGCGGCCGCCUCGAUGGCCAAUCAGGCGGGCUUCGGCAAGCUGCUGACCACAUAUCCGCAGACAGCGCUGCAUAGCGUGAGGUAUGCACCCUACUCGAUCCCUGCCAGCGCCGCCACUGCCAAUGCCGCCUUGAUGCAGGCCCAUCAGGCGCAGAGCGUGGCCGCCGCUGCCCACCAUCACCAGCAACAGCAGCAGCAUCACCACCAGCAGCAGCAAACCCACAACGCCCAUGUGGCCGCUGCCCAGCAGCAGCAACAGAACCACCACAACGCCGUCUCGAAUUCCGCUUCGCAGGCGCACUCGGCAGCAGCGGCUGCCGCUCUGGCGGCUAACGCGGCGAAUGGUGCAGGUGCUGGAGCCCACAGCUUGGCCGCUGCCGCCCAGCAGGCGGGGCUGAUGGCCGGCAAUCCGCUGAAUGCCGCUGCUGCCGCCGCUGCUGCCAAUCCGGCGGCUGCCUACUCCAACUAUGCACUGGCUAACGUUGACAUGUCUAGCUUCCAGGGCGUCGAUUGGAGCACCAUGUACGGCAUGGGCAUGUAUGUCUAAGACACGGGUCUGUUUGGUAACUUGAAUGAAACACUCACCACACACCACCACCCCUUAGUUGUAGAACCAUUCAAAAUCCACAUGGUCCCAUCCAUAAAUAUUCAUAGAACCACGCAGAAACACACUCAUUCGAAGUUGGUUUUCCUUUGAGUUUGGCUUAGUUGGUAGUCCGAUAAACGGAAGGCAAGUUAAGUAUUAUAUUUAAGGCGCCCUCGGGCGAGUUUAAUAAAUGCUAAUUAACAUAUAAAUAUAUAACAAAUCAUUUAUAUGUUAGUUAGUAUCGGACUACUUAUAGGCAACGAAAAAAAAGAAAACAAAAGGAAGCAAAGCAAAGCGAAUUCAAGGAAAAACAAAAUUCAAAACCAAAAAGCAAAAAUUACAGAGCGAUAGAGAAGCAAAAGAAGGAAAACACAUUAAAAAACCACCGAUUGUGAUUGCGUUUAAAUGUAGCCGUUAAUAUAUAAUUUUUAGUGCAUAAUAUAAAACCAUUAAACCUAAAACUAAAUUAAAAUAAACAUAAAUAAAACACUAAAAGUAAAUAUAAAUACAUAUUUAUAAAAAGCAAGAGCAAGGAAUGCAUCUUAUAAGCUAAUUCACGCUCGUUUAAUCAAGAAAGGCGCUCACUAAUUGAAAAUCGAAGAAUUUUGAAAUUUUUUUUGGAGCCCUAAACUCAGUAAUUGAAAAUCGAAGAAUUUUCUAAUUUGUUUUGGAGGCCUAAACUCAACUGAAAUGAAAGAGAAACUCCUGCAAGGGCAGUAUUAAUUAACUGAAUGAAACUGCAAAAGAAAACAUUUUGCUCAAGACAAAGAGUUAUUAAUUAAUGUUUAAACCAAGCUAACGCAACUAAAGCGAUUAAACGUAAUCGAAACUAUUAUUUUAGAAGUUUAGUUGAGUUCGAAUUUAAUUCACCCAGCAUAGAUUAAAAGAACAGAUUUAACCAAUCACCAACGGACAUCACCAACUCUUUUACACGAAACUCCCUCCCAUUCUCCAUUCUUGUAUUUCUUCAACUCUGUUCUUUGUACUUAAUAAUAUAGUAAUACGAAAACCACAAUGAACAAAACAAAUUUUUGUGGUGUUCUGAGUGUGCGACUCUUGAUUUAUAUUUAAAACUAGUUUAGUUCCCAUUCAAUCUCAAUCAUUUGUAGCAAGUAACUUAAUAACAUUUGUUGAACAUUUUGGCAUUUGCUUAUUAUUAUUAUAGUUUUGACCGCCUGAGACUAGCGGCUUCAUUUUUAGUUUAUAAGAAAUUCAAGUGAAAACAAGUCUUUAGGGCAGUACUAAUCCCCUAGAUUUUCCAACCUUUUCCAACUCGUAUUUCAAUUGCAUAACCAUCCAAACAACUCAUAAACCAGGUAACAUUAUUUUACUGUAGCUUAUUAUUUUAAAUGGCACAAUUUUAGUUCUUAAUAUUAUUUUGUAAUUACCCUUAUCUGUAGCAUUUGCAUUUGAUUUUGCAUUCGACAAAUACUUCACCAAUUGAAAAACAAGAAAAGAGGUCGAAAUAAAAAGAAACCCGUGAAAACUUCCUGGAUAGUUAUGUAUUUGUCUCAUUUAAUUCGCUUGCAUGUUUGAAGUUUAAUUUUAAUUCCUAGUUAUCAUUUGGAAAGUAAUUUUUUGCGUAUGUAAAUAUCUAGUUUAUAUACACUCAUACAAACAUUAUAUGGAAAACAAUGAAACAUUUGAAGUAAUUUUUGUGUUUAAUAAAAUCCAACGAACAAAACAACAAACAACUUUGCCAUGAGUUGAGCAAACAUUUGUGUUUUCUUAUGAUUUGAUUAAUUUGAUUGUAAAUAUUUGAUCACAUACCGUAUUAUUUGAUUUGAUUUACCUCGUAAACCACACUCUUGUAUCUGUUGUUGUGCUGUGCUGUCUUUCUCUCUAUUUAUCUGCUCCUCUCACCCAUGUGUAGACUUUAUUAAAUUUCGAUGCAUUUGCCAGUACCAAAAAGUAAAUGAAUGUGCGAUUGUGCAGAAUUGUUUUAAAUUCCUGUAGACUUUCGCCUCGAGGGGUGAGUAUGUAUUGAUGAUGUAUUAUUCGUUUUCGUAUACCAAAGAUUUUGCAUAUUAACCAAAAUGAUUUUAACAUUUGCUGGGCUGAAUUCGAGUCUUGGGAACCAUCUUCAUAUGCAGAAACUAAUUUAUUUAUUUAUUGUUUAUGCUUAAGACUCUAACACAUUCCACACAUGCUAUGGUGCCAUUUACUUAUCAAUAUUAAUAUUUAUAAUUUUUUAAACUCCUCUGUCAGAUCUCGAUCUCAGAAAAAUUGCUUUUAGCUUAAGAUUGAUUUUACCCUGCCAAACCAAAAAAAAAUACGUUAAAUUCCUUUUGAUUACGUACACACAUUUUGUUCUAUUGACAUAAUUUUUAAAACAAACCAAAUAAAAAAAGUAUAUUUAAUUACUGCAUUUUUCACUUAUUUAUACUAGCCAAUAAAGCAAGAAGUCAAAAAAUGCUUUUAAAAUGCCUAUGUUAACUGUAUACUUGGAAAAAAUUAUAAUUUAUGAUUAUUUUUCCGUUAGCUUCAACAUUUAUUCAGUGCGAGAAAUAAGGAAAUUACUUAGUUAUUUGUUCUUGUAACAGUUGCAACAGUCUGAAUUCGAUAUAAUAAACAACAUACCACUUAUAUCCAAUGAAAUGUUUUGUUUCCCAUUCUCGUACCAAAGAUAUAUACCCAAAGUAGAAGCUUGCUAAUUUUGAAAUAUAGUUACCAGAUCGAACAUACAUAUAUAGCGCCCUCUCUAUAAAUAUAUACAUAUACAUAUAUCUAUUUUUUGAUUACCAAUAUUAAUAGUUGAAUUGCUCAAUAUGGAAGGCUGGUUGAUAUGUAAAGUAAGAAAUUCGAAAAUUCCAAAUCGAAAUCUUUGCGAAAACGGAAGCUGAAUGAGACUUUUAGUUGAUUGAAAAAACAAUUACAUUUGAAGAACGAACCAUUUCAAGCCUAUCAGCCAGCCACCAAAAAUCUUUUUUUCGUGUCGUAUAAAGUCGUCGUCAAGAGUUUUUAUAUUCUGUGCAAAAAUACAUAGUUGAUUUUUAAUCAAUAUUUAGCCGGCCAAAUACUACAUAAAGAACUUGCUGUAAUAUAAUUCCAACAUUACACACUGCGAAUUGAAGUUUUUAGUUUUGUUUUAAUCGUAGGAUUACCAACUUAUUGACAUACAACAUAUUUAGAUAAACAUAGUUAUUUAUUCCUAUAUAAUAGAUACAUAUAUACACACAUUUAUGAAACAAAACGCAUGAUGAAACAUGUACAGUAGUCAAUUGAGUAACAUCCUUUAUAUAUACAACGGCAAUCUCCAAAAUAGUGCAGAGAGAACCCCAUAUCAUCUGUCACAGUUCUUUCCCCAGCCGAGAUCCCAGAAGUCCCCCAUUAGCAAGGCAUUAGCAUUAACUACAUACGUAUACCUACAUCAUACACACAUACAUCAUAUGACAAUAAGAUCAACUGUGUUUCAGCAUUCAAGUGUCAGUAUUCGUAAACCAAAUUACCUAUCAAACUGAGCAAAGUACUUAUACUAUAUAAUCGACAUGGAAAUCAAUCCGAGGGAACCUUUUGGAUUUGGAUUUCGAUUGGAAAUCGGUUUUAGAAAUUUGAAUAGUUGGUUUAGAUAGCCUUGAAAUAUGCUCUCACGAGCAACUCAAGUGGCGAAAACUUUAUAGAUAUUUACAUGCAUAUAUACAGAUAGAUACAGAUACAUAUAUAUACACACAUACGAUGAUAUUUAGCAAGACCGUGAUAUAUUCAAUUAGUAAAACCAAAACAAAAAAUUAUAUAUUAUAUGUAUAUAUCAAUUAUAUAUUGAGGCGUCUCUCAAAAUGUGUCAAAUUGCAUACUAAGAGUAGAAUUUUUGGUAUACCCAGGAAAAACCAGGGAGGAAAAGUAAACAUUUCAUCAACUGUUGUUGUGAAGGCUACAAAACAACGCAUAUCACUUUGAUGGUGUCAAAACCAGAAGUUUUCGAGAUUUACCCUAGAAAACUACACAAACUGAACUUGUGGAUAGAGAGGUUUUCUGAAGGAUACUCCAGGAAAUCUUCCUAAAUAAUCACCCAAAUUGUGAAAACCACGCAAACAUCGAGUUUUCAUUUUGGAUAUUGUUUUAGAUGACCGAUUACGAUUGCAUCCCAUAAGUAGUGUUGAUUUCAGUGACUAAUGAGGACCAAAUUUUUAGCUAAAUUCACAAAUCAGGUUACUAGAUCAUAAAAAAAGUGAAACCCCAAUUAAACUAGUUUAAUUAGACCCUUUUUUAUUUCCUGAACUGGCAUUUUUGGCUUCUUGCUUAUUGUUUGGCGUUGUUGUUUUUCUUAUCAACCAAGCGCUAUGAAAAACUGACACUAAUACAACCAAACACACACCAACACACUCUCAACAAGCUAGUCAAUUGAUGUGCAUAGGCACAAACUAAUUCUUUAAAAACAAAUGCAGAAAGUGGUAAGUAAUAUGUGAAAAAUCAACAAUAAAUGUAUAAGGUAAAAUAAAAACCAACAAAUCGAACGUACACAAUAAAAUUUAAAAGCAAUUAUUUCCCUCGACUAACCCUGGGUAAUAUAAAAACCACAAAACAUAUAAAUCACAUUAAAAAUGCUCCAAGAAACCUUUAAUUUAUCGUAUUGAGAAUUAGUUAAUAAGCUUAACAUUAAGUCCAAGUGUUAAAUAAUUUUGAAGCAAUGCGUACAAAGUAUUCGAGGGAUACUUUGACGAACAAGCUAUAUAUUUAUCGAUUGCAAAAAUUAUAUUAAAUGCAUAAUGUAUUAAUAAGAAACAGUGAAUGGCUACUUUUGCUCAUUUCAAAUGCUUAACGAAAUGCUAAAAUCAAAGACAAAACAAGUCGUAUUCAAACCUAAUUUAAGUGUUAAGCAGGAAGAAUUCAAAUAUACUACAGAAAAAUUCACAAAAACCAAAAAUAUAUAUAUAUAUUUAAAGAAGAAACAUGUUUUCUUAUAUAGCAAGGAAGGAUGUUUUCUUUUACUGGCUCGUAACAUAUCACUUAUACUGAGCUAUAUUUUGAAGAGAAAAGAAAAUCGAAACGAACGAAUUCAACACCAAGUUCAACUAAAUACAACCGAUAAUUUUUUUAAAAGGGCUAAAUAAAAGAAAAAUCAAAUACUGAGGUGAGUAAAAUUUUAGCAGAAAGCCUUGCUAAGACUUUCCUAAACGAAAACAUAACUUAGACUCGUCUUCCAGCAACUAAUUGACAUGAAAAAAGUUCUUACACCAAUAGUGACAACGGGAGAAAUAAAAUUUAGGGAAAAUGAAAUUCAUUUAUAUUUUGUCGAACACCCCCGAUGAUUUCGAAACAAUUUCAAGGGGCAGACCGAGCUCAGCUUUUGGCUAUACUUGUUACACGUAAUCAAUCAGUACAAUUUUUGCAACGAGGAAUUUUAAACGAAAAUAACCUUUUAAAGAGUAAACGGUAUAGAGCCUUGUUUUGGAUCUUGAUUUCAGGUUCUCCCGCUUAUUAUGCUCCCCUAACAAAAAUCGCUUUGACCUUUCACUACAAAAAGCACAGACGGGUGGAAAACUCUUCUUACUAACUGUUGUAAAUUUGUUUCUCCAAGAAUCGGAAUGAGGGUCAAGCAAAAGUAAAACAAACUAUAUAAUCGAUAAGCAAGUGCAUUAUAUUGAACGAUUUGGUAAACAAUUUGAGGGCUAGACAUAAGUUUUCACAUAUAUAUAUAUAUAUACAAAAAACGAUAUAACUUUUAGGCCAUAAGCAGUAUGAACCCUUUGAAUUGAGAGUGGCUUGGGCUGAGAAUCGUAUCCAUAGAUCAGAAAGUAUCCAGUUCUACUAUAACAGCCAACCUUAUAUACAUUAGUUUACGAGAUGGUUUUUAUUUGAUUAGCUUGUAACGAGAAACGAAUUAAUUAUAUACAACACCCUGUAUCUUGUAACUGUAAAAUGUAAUUGCUGUCGCUCUAUUUCUCGCUCUAUACUUGUAGCGAUGUUUAGACACCCAUAUAUAUAUUAUACUGAAACACAAUAUAGAAUUCUUUCGAUAUAUACAAAGGACAUGUAAACGGUAUUUACUCUUUUAGCCCAAAAACCCCUAGUUCCAAACCGUGAAAAUUCAAACAAAUUGCUGACAAAAAAAUAUAAUGUGAACCCUUUGUGUAAUUUUCCUAUUGAAAAACUUCGUGGCAUAAACCCUUUUUGAAUUGAAUUGAAAUGAAUAAACGAAAUGUGAAAGAAAAUUUUA